AAAUCGAGCAUUAUUAUGAUAAUGGAAUAUCCUGAUUGGAGAGAUGCUCAAUCACUGUGCAAGAAGUUCACCAUGCUCAAAAUGGAUACCACUUUUACAUGUACGAAAACAAAAAGGUUCGACAUCGAAAAAGCGACCGCCAACGGAAGUUUCCAUGUUGCUAUUGCUCCAAUUUUUCAACUUUCGCAAAUUUUCGGAGUUUUCCCCUUGGGUAACGUAAUGGCUCGUCUUCCAUCGGGGUACAAGUUCCGCUGGUGGCAUCCGGCGUGUUUAGUUAGCUCGUUGGCCAUUUUUGGAGGUUAUGCGGUGUCUGUAUUUAGCUUACUCCGACACUUACAGCAUUUGAACGCCAUCAACAUAGCGGAGGCAUUCUUUUUUGGCCUUUGUGCUUCCAUCACCGUUAUGAUGAAAAAGAUUGCCGAACGCUGGCAGAUGAUAACGACCAUUUGGUACGAAACGGAAGAGGUUUUUCUGCAUCAACCCUUUACGAAUGCGUUCUUGACCAGAAGAAUUCGGACGAUGGCUGCCGGAAUGUUGCUGCUGGCUUUUGUCGAACAUCUUCUCUGCGUGGUCAAUAACAUCGUCAACCUGAAAACUGAAGCCACCUACUGCAAUUGGACCAUUGCGGAUCCUUUUGAGCACUAUGCACUGAAGGUCUUCGUUUCCACCUUUAAAUACAUGCCAUAUAGUUUGCCUUUGGCUAUUUUCAACGAGUACAUCAUCCUUUCGAUGACCUAUGCCUGGAACUUUAUCGAUAUUCUGCUCAUCCUUGUCAGCAUUGGGAUACAAUCGCGAUUUGAUCAGCUCAACAAAUACUUAGCAGAGCGGAUAAAGAAGAAACAGCCGACCGAUGAAAGCUUCUGGGAAGGUAUUCGAGUGUUAUAUGCGUCGCUCUCGGAGUUGGUCGAAACCCUGAACGAGCACAUCAGUCAUUUGGUGUUGGUAUCGUUUGGGAACGAUAUGUACUUCAUUUGCUUGCAGAUUAUGAACGCAAGUCAACGGGUGCCGCUGAUUAUCAACAAAGUUUACUUCGUCUAUUCGUUCCUGUAUCUGAUACUGAGGACAGCACUUAUGUUCUGGUACUGUUCGGUAGUUCACGAGGCUAGCUACGGACCUUGUAGCUUGCUGAUGAGAGUACCGAGCGAGCAGUACGGUGAAGAGUUACAGCGGGUGGAAAUGUACGCGAAACGUGGAGCUAGCCUAACUGGAUUAGGAACGUUCCAUGUUUCAAGGAAGAUCUUUUUAACGGUUGCUGGUACAAUUCUCACCUAUGAGUUGGUCGUUCUGUCUUACCGUAGAGCAAAUCCUGAUGUUAUGGGUCUCCAGAACAAUCACGGUAUUCCCCAGAAUACCGGAAGUCCCGGAUUUCAUAACUGGAAGCUUAGUAUUCGCGCCUUUUUUGAAGCGAAGGGAAACGUGUUGGAAAAGGAAGCUCCAUCAGAACGUGCAGAGAACCGGAAUGCAAGAAUCUCCAUCAUCUGGAUUCCACUAGAGGACUUGUAA